GAAGACGGACCGGACGUAGCGUGAGGUUAUUGAGCGGCUUUCAGAAGUGGAGCAUCUGAGGAGUUUUAAUCGCGUCUGUUUUCCUGUAGGCCAGGAAAGUUUUGUCUUGACUAAAAGUUGUUUGCUGAACAGACGAGAUGUUGAGAAGUGCUUCAUUGCAGAUCUUCCGACAGCUGGUGAGACACAGGAGCACAGAUGCAAAUCUUAUCCUGGAAAGAUCGAUAAACCGCGUACAGCUGCUGGGGCGAGUCGGGCAGGACCCGGUGAUGAGACAAAUGGAGGGUCGGAACCCCGUCACCAUCUUCUCACUGGCGACCAAUGAGAUGUGGCGCUCUGGGGACGGAGAAACGAGCUCUACAGGAGACGUCAGCCAGAAGACGACGUGGCAUCGCGUCUCGGUGUUCAAACCGGGUCUGAGGGAUGUCGCCUACAAUUAUGUCAAGAAAGGGUCCAGGAUUCUAGUGGAGGGAAAACUGGAUUAUGGAGAAUAUGUGGACAAAAACCAAGUCAGACGCCAGGCCACCACCAUCAUCGCAGACAACAUUGUUUUCCUGAGCGACAACAUCAGAGACCGAACCUGAGGGAUGUUUUCCUCCUCACAUCCAGCUACGGAUAAAAACAACUUGUAGUUUCACUUUUCUUCUUCAAACCAAAAUAAGACUUGAGGACUACCAACUGUUUAGUAUGAGGGGGGGACAUAAGCCGGGAUCAUGUUUGACUGUGAGGCCCCCUGCUGGCAGAAAUGAAGACGUUCAAGAGGAGCAGAAAGAAGCUCUGUCCAUAAAAAGUUUGAUUUCUCUAUAUGUACAUAGCGUCGCUUAAAAUAAAUAAGGCUUGUUCUGUGUUUUCCAC